CCCAACGGUCAACUUUUCAAUUUGCAGCCCUUGUAUUUCAUAAUUUUUUUCCGAAACGCCUCCUUUAAACUUUCUCAAUUCUAUUAUAAUUAAAUAAUCAUAAAAUUCACACUUUCCAAAUAAAAUAGUUUCUCAUCGCAAAUAAAACCCCGUCUCACGCCCAUUUCAUCUCCUACUCCAACCGGAUCAAGAACACGGGAAGAACUCUCUCUCAGACUCCUCUUUCUCGCUUUCUUUCACUUCCUUUCUCUGGAAUAAGCACUGAAGAAGAAGCAAUCAGCGGGAAAGUAGUAAAAAUAAAUGGAGGAGGCCAGGAUUCCGGUGUUCUCUGUCCUAAAGAAGGGCACCACGCUAAAGAACAUCUUCCUCAAUAGCCCCCCUCCUGAAACCGGAAAACCCUUAUCCCCAUCACGAGAGAACGAUCCCAUACUCAUGGGCCGGCACCCGGAAUGCCACAUCGUCGUCGAUCAUCCAAGCAUCAGUCGAAUUCAUCUCGAGGUUCGCCCAAAAUCUUCAUCGCAGAAACUUUUCGUUACAGAUCGCUCUUCAGUUCACGGGACUUGGGUUUCAGGUAAGAAGAUCCAACCUAACAUCCCUGUUGAAGUGAUCGAAGGAGAUACUAUUAGACUUGGGGCUUCGACGAGGAUUUACUGCCUCCAUUGGAUGCCAUUGAGCCAUGCCUUUGAGAUGGAGAAGCCGAUGUCACCAUUGAUGGAAGAGGCUCCAGAUUUCGUAAAUAAUGAUGAAGCUCUUCUGGAUGAGAGUUUCAAUGAAGCCUGGGUUAGCAAUAUAAUACCUUCUGCUCCUCCUUUGAGGAUUUCAUCUCCUGCGAAGCUCUUUUCUCAGGAUUUGGAAAAAGAAGGCGAGAUCUUGAUAAGAAAAGAGACGUUAGAACAGAGCUCAUGCUUUUCUUCUAUUGUUCCAUUGCUAGAAUCUGUGAGCUACUCAUGGCCCUUGAAGGAGGAGAUUGGAGUCUCUAAGAAUCUCCUUGCUAAUGAGAUGCAUCCUGAAAGAGAAGAGCUGAGCCCAUUAAGAUCAAAUAAGAUUAUCAAAUCAUCAAGUCUUUUGUUAAGGAGGAAUAAGUCGAUUGGAUUUCUUCAAAUUGAGAAUAAGAGCAAAGAGAAUGGCAGCCAGAUUAGUAAGGCUAAAGAAAAUUUGGAGAUCAAGGAUCAGAUGGCUGGAGCUUUUGCAGGUAGAAAUGGAGAGGAGACCCCCUUUGUUCUCUUAGCUGAAGGUAAUGUAAAAGAAGAGGAAGAAGAGUUCUCUGUUUCAGACAAAGAGAAUUUGACUCCCGUAAACUCUAUUGGCUACAAGGUACUGAAGAGCAAUAGAAAAAUUGCGAGGUCACCGCUGAGUUCCUGCAGCUUAUUCCUUAAAGAAGAUUUGGAGAUACAGGAACGGAAAGUUGGAGAUUUAAUAAAAGGAAAUGGAGAGGAAAUUCCCUCAGUAUUUUUUUCUGAAGGUUAUGUAAAGGAGGAAGAAGAAGAGACGUUUUUUUCAGACAAGAAGAAAAUGAGUCUAGUAAACUCUAUUAGCUCCAAGGUACAGAAGAACAACGGUAAGAUUGAGACAUCACCGCUGAGUUCUUUCAGCUUAUUUCAUAAAGAAGAUUUGGAGAUUGCGGAAAAGAAUCUUCGAGCUUUAAUAGAAUGCAAUGGUGAGGAGAUUCCCUCAAUUUUCUUACCUGGGGGUGAUCUGAAAGAGGAAGAAGAUGAGAUGUGUGUUUCAGAUGAGGAGAAAAUGGCUUCAGUAAAUUCUAUUGGCUCCAAGGCACUGAAGAGAAACAGAGAAAUGAAUAGAUCAUUAUUGAGUUCCUUCAACAUAUCUAAUAAAGAUGAUUUAGAUAUAGAUCAGAAAAUUGAAACUUUUGCAAUAGAAAAUGGAGUGGAGAAAACCCCCUCAGUUUUCCUAGGUGAAGGUCAUGUGAAAGAGGAAGAGGAGGCAUUUGUUUCAGACAAGGAAAAUUUGACUCUAGUAGACUCCAGUGUCUCCAAGGUACCGAGGAACAACAGAGGGAAUGAGGCAUCACCGCUGGGUUCCUUGAGCACAUUUGAUCUGGAAGAAGAGCGUUUUACUUCAUACAAACCAACAUCUGAAACAACAGAUCAAUUUAAAUCAAAUAAACUGAGGUCGAGAAGUCGCUUAAUGAAUGAAAAUGGGGACUCAAAAUUGUCUGAUUCAAAAAACUUAGAGAGCUUAUUCUCUCCAGGAAUUAAGUUGCAAAGAAACCUAUUUAAACCAGAGCGAUCACCUCUAGGCGAAAAUAAUGCUUUGAAUGUGGAAGAGGAUAGGUGUCUUUCAGAUAAAGAGAACUCAACUCCUAAAGUUCCCAAAUCUUUGAAGUCAGGAAAAGCUUUUGCAAGAGAUGUCCUGAAGGCUGAAAGCGAAAAGGAUGAAACAUUUGCCUCAGAUAAAGAGAAUUUGACACCGCAAAGCUCAAUGUCAAUUACAUCAAAGAAAGCACUUUCACAAAACCAUGGGAAAAAAGAAGGGGAAACUAUGAGUAGAAGAAAAGAAAGAAUCCCGUUUCAGCCUCUAUUUGUUAGCUCUACUUUGCGAAACAGCAGUCCUGCAAGCUAUCUACAAGGUCUAGAUGAUACAUUCGGUAACAAUUAUGUCAACAAUGUCCAUAAUUUAGAGGAGAAAGCACCCCAUACCAAGCAUAAGGAAGAGCUGCCUCACAUGCCAGUUAGAGAGACAAAUAAAUGGUAUAUUGUGGUGGAUGUAGGCUGCUUCCUCACUGAAGAAUCCAGAAAAUCACUCCAGCUAUUAGAAGGCAUCAGAGGGACUCAACUUAUUAUUCCAAGGAUAGUCAUUAGGGAGCUCGACCACCUCAAAAGGUGCCAGGGGAUACUAAGUAGAGGGACAAAGGCUUCUUCUGUUUUGCAAUGGAUAGAAGAGAGCAUGAAGAAGACGAGUGAAUGGAUUCAUGUUCAGAGCUCAUCAGAGACCUUCCCAGCAGCACCAACGCCCCCUGCUACGCCAAGAUCACUGCUCUGUGAUGGAAGCUUAGGCUUUGGCACUGCGACUUCACCAAACUUCACUGGUUUCUCCACAUGCGGAAGUUUAAUGGAGAUUGUUUCCCCAACAGCUGAAGACCAUAUCCUUGAUUGCGCUCUUCUGUUCAAAAGAAUAAAAGAUGAUGGCCAGUUAAUUCUGCUAAGUAGCAGCACCACACUGAGGAUCAAAGCCAUGGCUGAGGGAUUACUAUGUGAGACGCCCAAGGAAUUUAGAGAGAGUCUUCUGAAUCCAUUUUCAAAGAGAUUUCUAUGGGCAGAUAGUAGUCCAAGAGGAUCAACUUGGUCUUGCUUAGAAGAAGUUGGUGUAGCUGAAAAUUACCAUCAACAAUUUGCGUCUGCAAGAAUGCCCAAAGCAGAAGGAACUGUGAAGGGAUUGAAACUCAUUCUUCUACACACCUCUCAUUGUGGAAUGACCAACUCGAUCUCAUGAACAAUUGAGAUAUCUCUAUCUCUACAGUAUCAAACUCUAUAAACCAUUUUUUCUUCUUGUAAUUGUUGGUUGUUGAACAUGUGUUAUUCUCCUGUGAGCCAUUAGAAAUGUUAUGAUUUCGUCAGUUAAAAUCUA